CUUUUUGGUCUUAUAUGCAUUGCCCAUAGAUAUAAACAGUCCGAAUCACCAUUUCUGCGGUUUCUUAAUGAUUUCUUAUCUCUCUUCAAAUCCGGGUCAGAAGCCUGAAGUCAAGUAAAAUGAAGAAAGUGGUGCUGAAGUUAGAUCUACAUGAUGGUAAAGAAAAACAAAAGGCCAUGAAGACAGUGUGUAGCCUUUCAGGAAUUGAAUCAAUUUCUAUAGACAUGAAGGAGAAGAAAUUAACUGUGGUCGGCGAUAUUGAUCCAAUUCAGGUUGUUAGCAAACUGAGAAAAUUGUGGCACACAGAUAUAUUAACAGUUGGGCCAAAGGAAGCCGAAAAGAAGAAGGACGAUGGAAAGAAAGACGAAGGUAAGAAGGAUGAGGGAAAGAAAGAUGAUGAUAAAAAGAAGGAUCAAAAUGAACAGAUUGCAGACCUUGUGAAGGCCUACAGAGCUUACAAUCCUUGCAUGACACAGCAUUACUAUGUUUACAGUGCAGAGGAGAACCCAAAUGCUUGUGUUAUCUCUUAA